AUGUAUUUACCACGCUCACAACUUGCCACACUAUAUCUCCACCUUCAAAAGACUCAUCAUCCCUUAUCUCCGCCAGUCCUUAUACUAGUUGCUCUCGAACCUGACGCCCUAUGCGGAUGCCGAAUCCUCACCCAACUUCUUAAACGUGAUUAUAUUCCUCACAAGAUACAACCAAUUGCUGGAUAUGGAGAUCUGGAGAAAGCGGGGAAGAAUGUUAUACAACCCAUGAUGGAAAACCAUGGAGGUAGUGGGGGUGUUGUGGUUUGUUUGGGUGUUGGAGGCUUAGUCGACUUGGGUGCGUUGUUGGGUUUUGAUUCCGAGGCAGACGAAGCUAGUUAUGGUGGUGUUGAGGUUUGGGUUGUGGAUGCAAGACGGCCUUGGAAUUUAGGGAAUGUCUUUGGAGGGUUUCCAAUGAUAUCGCAUGAGGUAGAAGGCGGGGAAAUUAUAUCAGAACCACCUAAGGGUGUAGUUGGUGGGAUGAUUGCAAGAAACUAUAAGCCAGGCAAAGGAGGAAUUAUUGUCUUCGACGACGGGGAUAUUGAAGAAGAUAUGAAAGCGGAGAAGGAUGCAUACUUGGCACUAGUGGAAAUGCCUGAGAUGGAAGAUAAUGAAGAUGAUAGUGAGGGCAGUGAAACGGAAGGUGAAAGUGAUGGCAAUGAUGAAACUCCGGUCAAGCUGCCGGGGAAAAAGAGAAAGUCUUGGUCGGAUCGAGAUGAGGAAGAUGAUACUGACGUCGAGGAUGAUCGACCACGGCAGAGGCGGAGGAGCAACUCGUCAAGUCCAAUUCCAGAAUUUCCAACUCGUGCUCCUCAACGUGGACUACUAUCACUAAACGAUCCGACAAUAUUCUCAGAUUCACAUUCACGGUCCGUAUCGCCUUCGCCAGCACAACUCCCUAAACCACCCUCCCCGAGAGCAUUGCGGCGAAGAUUACGAAAAUUGCGUCGGAAGAAUGAAAUGGUUCUCCAAACAUAUUAUAAUCUCGGUGCAUCAUAUUCCGAACCCAUAUCUUCAAUGAUGUAUUCCUUAGCAUCAGAAUUGGGGAGAGAAGAUAAUGAUCUACUUUGGAUGACAAUAGUUGGAGUCAGCUCUCAAGAAUUAUAUGGUCGAUCGGCAAUUGGAAUCGCAGUAACUACAGAAAAGUCGUCGCCGUCAGGAUGGUUAGGCUCCCGAGGAUCACGAACACGACAGCUUCUGCGAGACGAAGUACGACGUCUUAAUCCCCCAGAACUUUCUGACUCGGCUUUUAAUUCGAAUCGGAAUUUGUCACCAGAGAAUAGUGGCAUAAUACCGACAACAGCGCGUAGUCCAACGGACACAAGUAUUCGUCUAUCACCAGAGCCAAAAUUUCUCCUUAUUAGACAUUGGAGUUUAUAUGAUAGCAUGUUACAUUCCCCAUACUUGUCAGCGAGAUUACACAUUUGGUCAGAUAGUGGGCGAAAGCGACUACACAAAUUACUAGCAAAGAUGGGAGUAAGUCUUGUUCAAUGCAAGCAAAGUUAUACUCAUAUGGAUAUGGAACUUAAACGGGGGCUUCGAACAAAAUUACUAAAAUACUCGGAACUUUAUGGGCUAGACGAUCUUGUCCCAAGUGCAGACACAGAUGGAAGGGAUCGCGGAGGCUCAAAGGAAGGAUGGGGUUUCGUCAGAAGUUGGGGUUGGAAGGCGACACUUAGUGCUCAGGAUGUUGGUGUUGUAGUGGGAUCUAUCUUGGAGGUUGGGAAGAAGGCAGUCACUACUCCAGAGAAUGGUGCUUGGGACCGAAGUCGAGAGACCAAGGAGACUAGUGAUGAAGAUGGUGCUUUGGAGGGUGAGGAAUGGGUUGGGAGGUUUUGGGAUGCUUAUGAUGCCCUCGAGAAAAUCGAGGAACUCAAACUCGCGCUUCCCAUAGCUCAACAUCUCCACCGCGCAAUUCUCCGCACAGGAACCUCACUAAUCGAAAAACGACAAAUCAAACAUUUACGUGCCUUCCGCAUGGCUGUAGUAAAAGAUGGUCCAGAUGUCCAACUCUUCACUCAUCCAGCUGCGCUUACUAAACUCGCGCUCUGGAUCGGUGAAGCAAUUGCCGAACAAGAAAGAGAAAGUAAAGGAAAGCUCGGAAAUGGUGGGAGAGGUACCCCGUUGGUCGUGGCGGGUCUAAACGAAGCCAGGGGUGUUUAUGUGGUUGUGGGUACUGGCGGUGGAGGGGGUGGAAUAGGUGGAUGGGGAUUUGGCGAUAAGAAGGCUGCGAGGGAAAAGGCGAAGAAGAAGGAAGAAAAAGAAGCGGCAAGAGCUUUGAGGAGGAAAAACAAAGACAAAAUUCGCGAAGACAAACGUGCGGCAAAACAAGCAGCACGAGCGGAGCGAGGUCAAGAAGAAGAUGAUGAAGAAGACGACGAAACGGAAGAAGAAUCUUCGGAAUCAGAAUCAGAAGAAGAGGAAGAAGACGAAGAUGAAGAUGAACAGGAGAGAGGAAAGGGAUUUGGGAGGAACAAAUUCGGAAAUGCGUUCCAAGAAGUUGUAGAGGAAACGAAUGCGAGGGUCAGGAUUGAUAGCUUUGAACAUUGUGUGGUGGAGGUCAAGAAAGAGGAUUUGGGGGGCUUCUUGGAGAGUUUGAGCUUGAAAGGUGUGGUUGGUUAG